UUUGUUCCUGCCCUGUUUCUCUGAGUCUCCCUGUAAAACGCCGUGUCGUUUUCAAUCACAAUCUCCACCAACACCACUUCCAAUAAUUCCAGUUCAAAUUUGUCUCUCUCUGUCUCUCACACUCUCUCUCGUGGUUGGGGACGUGAUUCCAUAUAUUUGAUCCUGCAUUAAUGUCUCUUGUGGUCGGUGACGUGAUUCCAUAUUUGAUCCUGUACUAAUGUCGAUCCUAUCUAUUUCUCUAUUCUCUAUCUCCGCCACUGAUACAAUCAAAUCCUUACUCUUGGGUUUCACAAAAUAUAACUGAGUGAUCUUAUUCCAUUUGAUCCCAAAGAUCUAAUUUCUUGAUUUCAAUUCAAUUCUUUAUUUGAUUUCUUUUCACCUCACUCUUUGUACUCAGGCUCUUCAAAUAUUAGGUUUUGUGUACUUUUCACGACUUUUGAAUUCGAGUUUUGGUGGUGGGUAUCUCUCAGUUUUUGUCACUGGUAUCAAUUUCACAAAAAACAAUUAAAUCUUUUUGGUGAUUACUAUACAUGGGCCUUUUGAGUUUGUAUCUGAAGGCUCCAAAUUUUUUUGCAUGAGUGAAAGGGCAUUCUUUAGUCAUUCAAAUUAGAGCCUCUGGAGAUUUUCUCCACCAAAAGAAAUGGCAAGGCAUAGAGGAGACAAGGAAGAUGGACCAGAUAGGCAUAUGGGUUUACUAAAAUUGGUGCAAAUAUUAUCAUUUUUGGUUGUUUUUGUUGCUGGUAUUAUUAUGGGCUUGGCUACAAGUUCUCAUAUCAACCAAAUGUUUACUUCGCAAGCUAGGCUAUUUUUCACCAGCAACAUAGCUGCAACAAAAAUCUCUGGCAAUAACUGCACAAUUGUGAGACCUUGCAAGAGGGUUGAUUGUUUCAGUAUGGAGACAUUUCUUCAUCCUAAGAACUUGACUCAUAGGAUGAAAGAUGAGGAGCUUUUUUGGAGAGCUUCUUUGGUUCCAAUCAAGGAAGAGUAUCCCUUUGAUAGAGUGCCUAAAGUGGCUUUCAUGUUUCUGACUAGAGGGCCUUUGCCUAUGUUGCCAUUGUGGGAGAGGUUCUUUAGAGGCCAUGAGAAUUAUUUCUCUAUCUAUUUACAUACCCCUCGGAAUUAUGUGCUCAACGUUUCAAUGGAUUCUCCAUUCUACAGAAGGCAGAUUCCAAGCAAGAAUGUUGAAUGGGGAACAGUAAAACUGGUUGAUGCUGAGAAGCGCCUUCUAGCCAAUGCCCUGCUGGACUUCUCAAAUGAGCGGUUUGUUCUUCUCUCCGAGAGUUGCAUUCCGAUCUACAAUUUCCCAACUGUCUACAAGUAUCUUAUUGGUUCUGAACAUAGCUUUGUUGAGUCAUAUGAUGAACCGACCCGCUAUGGACGUGGCCGCUACAACCGUAACAUGUUUCCUGAUAUUCAACUCUAUCAGUGGAGGAAGGGUUCUCAAUGGUUUGAGAUCCAACGAGCUCUGGCUGUUUAUGUUCUUGCAGACACCAAGUACUAUUCUAUCUUCAAGAAAUAUUGCAAGCCUGCCUGUUAUCCUGAUGAGCAUUAUAUUCCAACUUAUCUGAACAUGUUUCAUGGGCCACUUAAUUCGAAUCGCACUGUGACAUGGGUUGAUUGGUCGGUGGGGGGUCCGCAUCCAGCAACAUACUGGGGAAUUAAUGUUACAGAAAGUUUUAUACAGUCUAUUCGGAAUAACGAGACACAGUGUUCAUAUAAUUCAGAAAUGACAUCUGUUUGUUACCUCUUCGCCCGAAAGUUUCAUCCAAGUGCACUGGAGCCCUUGCUCAACCUUACCUCAACGGUAAUGGAAUUUUGAUUUUGAUUUUCUUUUCUUGGUAGAGGUACAAUAUCAAUCAUAUAGUGCUACUAGACAUUCAAAGGGUUGCUGUCGUAGCCCUUCAAAAAGAGAUUUUUUUUUUCUGGCACAAUUGUACAGUUAGUGUUUUAUAGGCCAUUGAGUCAUUGAUGAUUGAGGGUAUUGCUAUUUGUUGAACAAAUUUUGAGAGAGGCAACAAGUUGGAAACUUUGCCCUGAGAUCAUUUUGAUUUAUGUUCUGGUAGUUUUGGUAUGAGGAAAGUUUUGCAGAUGUAUUAGUUAAUAGUUCCCCAUUGCUUUCUAGAACAUACCGUGUUAAUAACAAGUCUUACAACCUUGUAAA